GGCUAUCGUUUUUGAUUCCUUCUAUGACCAGUACAAGGGGGUAAUAUUAAUCAUUAAAGUGCUAAAUGGGGUGCUGACAAAAAAAACGGAAGUUUUUUUUAUUCAGAGCGAAAAGACGUACAUUAUUCAGGAGGUUGGGUACCUCACCCCGGACAUGAAACCUGUGGAGAGUAUACGGCAAGGGGACAUUGCAUACGUAUCAUCCAAUAUAAGAAAGUGCGACGAGGUGCAGAUCAGUGAGACGAUAGUCAGCAGAGAUAUCGUGCACAUGAAUGCGCAACGCCGGCUGGUGGUCGAUUCGGAUCGGCUCGGUGAGGAGCACAGCGGUGAAGUGCAUACUAGUGUGAAGCGUUGCGGUAGGGAUUCCUUCCGAGGUGCUUCCCAACCAAAGGAGGCGCGCACCGAGCGAGAAAUCAACCUAGAGCAGAUCGCCGCGUCCAAGGUGGACGUCUCGUACCCCGUCGUGUUCUGUAACAUUUACAGCGUAAACGAUAAGCAGGCCAACGAACUGGAGGCGGCACUGAACAAAUUGAAGCUUAACGAUGCGUCCUUUUCCUUCAAGCCUGACGUUUGUGAGACGUUGGGGAAGGGAUUCAAGUGCGGGUUUAACGGAUUGCUGCAUCUUAAUAUAAUCCAGGAGCGAAUCAAACGGGAGUAUGACGUCGAGACGAUUGUGACUGCCCCGUCUGUGAAUUACUUGGUCAGGAAAAACUACAUCCACGGAAUUUACGAGCCGUACGUGCGAACGAGCAUAAUGACGCCGGAGGAGUACCAAAAAUUUAUCAUGGCGGAAUGUUUUCAAAGGAGAGGGAUUUUUAUUAAAAAGGAAAACAUGGACAGUCAUGUCAUCUUCUAUUUCGACAUGCCAUUGUCAGAAAUACUGAUUAAUUUCUUGGACGAAAUUAAAUCGUGCACAAAAGGCUAUGGGUCCAUGAGCUACGAAAAUUAUGUCACUUAUAGAGAAAGCGACUUGCACAAAAUUAACAUAUACGUGAAUAAUAGGAGCAUCGACUCCUUGUCAUUCCUGGCACACAAAUUAAAUUAUCACGAAAAGGGGAAACGUAUAGUUUUAAAAUUAAAAGAAAUGAUAAAGCCACAUCAGUUCCUUGUCAUCAUUCAGGCAGGUGUGGGGACCAGAAUUUUCGCUUCGGAAAGGAUCAGCCCGCUGAGAAAAAAUGUCACUGCCAAAUGCUACGGGGGGGAUAUCACACGGCGCAGGAAGUUGCUCGAGAAGCAAAGCGCAGGGAAGAAAAAAAUGUUUAGCAUCGGCAAGGUGAAGCUGCCGCCGAAUAUGUUUACCAAGCUCUUCGACUUGAAGGCUCAGUG